AUGCAUGUUUUCAUGGUACUAGCUUACCUGGGUAUUCAGUAUGAAGUUGGAUAUUCAAGGAUUUACGAAGAAUCUCUUCCGAAAGAAUUUACAGAGUGUCUUAAUAUGGUUUUACCUAACAGCAAUGUCAAACGAGAUCCAGCAUAUGUCAUCGACUACGCAUGUGCAAACAAAUUUCUUACGUCAACUCCAAACGAUAGAUGGACACCGGAUGUCGAUAAUGAAGAAGAACGCCGAGUGACGGACAAAGUCAAAAAAUUAGAAAUUCAAACUCGGACUAAAUUCCUGCAGUAUGAAAAGGAAAGUAUCCAAGAUCACUAUCAAGACAAAAGACAAAAACGUUCUACCAGAACGCCGACUAUUGUCAGAAAAGAGUAUAGGCGGCUGACCAAGGAGGAAAGAAAAAAAUUCCACCACGCUCUGCAGCUCCUAAAAGACGAUCGUAAUUUUACUGGAAAAGAGACCAAAUUUAAUCUUUAUGACACUUUAUGCAACUUGCAUCAUGCCUCCAGUGCCCCCCAUGCGCACUUUGGACCAGCCUUUCUAGCUUGGCAUCGAGUGUCGCUGUAUAUAUUUGAGCAGCUGCUUCGCUCAAAGGUCCCGGGAGUGUUUGUACCAUACUGGGAUUCUACAUUAGAUGGACUACUAGAAAAUCCUACAGCAACAGCUCUGUUUACUGACGAACUAAUGGGGCCGGGUGUUGGGGUUGUAACGACUGGCUACUUUGCGAAUUGGUCUCAUCCAUUUGCAGGAGAUCUGGUGCGAAACAUUGGAAAUGUUGGCGAGCUCAUCCAAAAGGAGGACCUUAAACGACUAGUUAACGUAGGUCACACGAGAGAAUUCAUGUUCCCAUUUGCAUCUUCAUACAAAAAUCUUGAAUUGAUUCAUGGGAAGGUCCACAUGUGGGUAAGUGGGACAAUGAACAACUUAAAUUACUCCCCUGCGGAUCCAAUAUUUUGGCUGCACCAUUGCUUCAUUGAUUAUAUUUGGGAGAAAAUCCGUCAAACACAGAAAGAGAGAGGUAUCGAUCCACGAUUUGACUACCCUAUUGGCGUUGGUCAUGGUCAUCAACCAGAUGACAAGAUGAAACCAUUUCAACUCAGAAAUAAAGACGGGUUUAUGAUUGAUUGGUCAACCAUUUACGAAUACGAAGAAUCGCCCGGGGAUAUACAUUGUGAAUUUGACUUUGAUUGUGGAUCGCUUUAUUAUGCUUGUGAUGGUGGAAAUUGCCGGGCGAAGACGGUUGAUGAGAUCAUCUUCUAUUUCGGAUCGAAGAAACGAAGACGUCGACGGUCCCCCAUUGCAACCACAGAAAGCUCAUCUUCUACGACUCCUGAACAAAAACUGUUUGUGAAUAGUAUGGAUCCUUCCAAUUCUAUCGACAUGCAGUCAACCCCGUUGUUCCAUUCCAUGCAAAACACGUUUAUGAUUAAUGGUAAGGAAGAUUCGAAAGCUUGGGUUGAAAUACCGAUAAUCAUUUACUCUCGAAGACCAACAGAUCUAGUAUUCGACGCGCAUUCCUUCAGGAGAGGUGAAGUGAAUCUAACGUCAGACGUCUAUCAGACAUCGGAGAGAGAGGAAGGGAUAUUACCGCAUACGGGAGAUCCUGCAACGAUUGAAAAAUGUCUACACUUAGGGUCUGGGGCCUCCAAAGUCUACUUAAGAUCGAUUGGUGCAAAUUAUGAAGGAGAUUACACUUCUGACGCCAUUGUUGAUGAAAGGCAAACUUUGACCAUAACACUUACACAAGUGGCUGUGAAAAAUCCUUACAAGAAUUACACAAAAGCUUACAUCGCUGCGUAUGAUCGAUGUGGACGUAUGUGCAAACCCUAUUGUUUGACAGGAAAUAACAGAACAUAUAAAAAGUGCACAGGAAGUAUAGGAGUCGAUUCGCGCAUACCUAAGAUGUACAACUCAGAUGUUGCCGGAGCCAUUUUGCAUACUUUUGAUUACAGCACUUUCCCGCCUAAGUUAGCAGAAAAGAAUAUUUUUCUAAUAUUUUACUGUGGGCAAGAGGAGGACUGGCCGUGGCUAAUGGACAAUGAAUAGUCUAGCUUUUAUUUCAAAAAUGAUUAUAAACGUCUUUAUUUUUUCCAAACUAUUUGAAAAUAUGCAUACAUUCCUUGGUUCUGGGGCUGUUAGAUUAAGUUGUCUUACAGUUGUGUGUAUUGUAUAGU